ACCUUAAACGACCUCUCCCUUUGUCCCUUUUAAAUGUCCUUCCGCCAUUGAUGCCCAAAACUAAGUCCAUUUCAAAAACCAACUUUUACCCAUUUCGCCAUUCUGGCAUCCCAUUUCUGGGUCGUCUUCCUUUUGGUGUAAUUGACCCAAAAGCUUCGAGCUUUUUUAAUGGAGAUUGAGCUUGUUGUCACGUGCGACUGCUGUGGCCUGAAAGAGGACUGCACCCAAUGCUAUAUCAGUGAAGUUAAGGCCAAAUUUGAAGGGAAAUGGCUAUGUGGGCUCUGUUCUGAAGCUGUAAGAGACGAAGCUAAGCGAAGCAAGAAGCCAUUGGUGGGCUUGGAAGAAGCUGUCAAUGCCCAUAUGUCGUUUUGCCGUAAGUUCAAGUCUAACCCUGCCGUUCGUGUUGCUGAUGGCAUGAGGCUCAUGCUUAGGAGGAGGUCCAGCGACAUGUCGGCUUCUUCUUCUUCUUCUUCCUCUAAGAAGUAUGGGAGAUCGGCUAGCUCCUCGCAGGUGGGUUUCGACAUGUCGUCUUUGUCGCUCUGCUGAUUAUAUUUUUGGAGACUUUUUAAUUAAUUAAUUAACCAAUUAGGGCUUCCCAUGCUUUUCUCUCCCUUUUUCUUUAUUAUUCGAAUAAUAUAUAAUUUGAAGGCUCUUUCUUUGUACAGAAA